AUGAAACCAGAAACUUUAGUUAUGAAAAUAAUAGAAGCUAUGGAAACGAAUUCGCCGACUCUAAUAACUUACAACGGUAAAAAAGUGCAUAUAACCCAAAAGAUUAUCGAUAAAUACAAACAUUGCAAAGUCAGAGACGAUAUAGACUUGGAAAGAAUUGAUGAGAAUUUAACUAAAAAAGGUGGAUUUUUACCUUUCUUACCUUUAAUCUUUGCUGGUUUAGCUGCAGCCGGUGCAACUGCUGGUGGAGCUGCUGGGAUAGCCAAAGCACGUAGACACAAUUUGGCAAUGGAAAGAGAAGCACGAGGAGGUUCGGGAGUAGGAGAUAUCUGA